AUUUUAAUAAAUAUAUUGAUUUCUUUAUUUGUAUAUUAGGCUAAAAAAUAUUCAGCAAAAGUAUUUGGAAGAACAAUUCGUGGUAUAUAUGGAAUAUCUCAAAAUCCAAAUACAAAUAAUUAUAUUUUAGUUCUUGCAUGGGCAAGCGGAAAUAAAAAAAUUGAUAAUUUUAUACAAGAAAUGCAAUUAAAGAUAAAUGACUAUGAUGAUAUAGUAUUUGAAUGGAUACCAUAUGACAGUCAGCUUAAUAAUAUUAAGGAAAUAGGUAAAGGUGGCUUCUCUACAGUAUAUUCAGCAAUUUGGAAAGAUGGCCCAUUAGAGUAUGAUGCAGAUAAAAAUAUAUAUACUAAUAGGGAUUCAAAUAGAGUAAUUGUCUUGAAAUGUUUACAUGAUUCCCAAAACAUUACUGAUAAAUUUUUAAAUGAGGUUAAAGAAUACUCAAUAAAUAAAAGAAGUAAUAUUAUUAAUGUAUAUGGUUUAUCUCAAAAUCCACAUACAAAAGACUAUAUUAUGGUUCUUGAUUAUGCAAAAGAUGGGAAUUUUAUUAAAUGGACAAAUGAAAAUUACGAAUAUUUUAAUUGGCAAGAUAAAUUAUCUGCAUUACUUAAUAUCAUUAAUGGCCUUAAAGAAAUUCAUCAAAAAAAUGUAGUUCAUCGUGAUUUUCAUACAGGUAAUAUAUUAUUUUUAAGUAGUAUAGAUGAUUUUGGUAAUUGUAUAUCAAUCUCAGAUAUGGGAUUAUGUGGAGAAGUUGGUAAUAUAGAUGAAACAAAUAUUUUUGGAGUUAUGCCUUAUGUGGCUCCUGAAGUAUUAAGAGGAAAGUCUUAUACUAAAGCAGCAGAUAUCUAUAGUUUUGGUAUGAUUAUGUAUUUUGUAGCAACUGGAAGACAACCUUUUUACAAUCGUGCACAUGAUAACUUAUUAGCGUUAGAUAUUUGUAAUGGAGGUAGACCUGAAAUAAAUGAACCAGAAGCACCAAGAUUUUAUAUUGAUUUGAUGAAAAAGUGUUGGGAUUUAAACCCAAAGAAUAGACCAAACAUUAAUGAAGCGGAUGAAGUGAUUACAUCAUUGCAUAAGUCAUCUGGAGUGGAUAUUUUUAUUGUAGAAAACGAAGAAAUUGAAAUGCAAUUUAAAGAAGCAGAAGAAUAUAGAAAGGCAAAUCUUUCAUCCAUUAAAAAUUACCAAGCAGAUACUCAUCCGCAGGCUAUUUACACAUCUCGAUUACUUAAUCCUUUUACAAAAAAUCUUUCACAAUCAUAUAAUGAAGAUUAUGAAUCUGACCUUUUAGAUUAUGUAAUCUAAAUUAGGUUAUAAAUGAGUAUUUUACAAUACAAAUUUUCUCAUUAAUUAAAAAAAAUAUGCUAACUUGAUUUGAU